AUGAGAGCCCUCCCCAAUCUUAUCAUCACUGGCACACCAGGCGUAGGCAAAACAGUACAUUGCGAGCAACUAGCCCAGAGCACCGGCUUGCGACACUUCUCCAUCAAUCAAGUCGUGAAAGAUCGCGAGUGCCAUGAGGGAUAUGAUGAUGAGUUGAAGUGCUAUAUUGUGGAUGAGGAUAAGGCACGUAAUGAUGUGCUCAAGGGAGGGUGCCUAAUUGACUGGCAUGCCUGUGACAUAUUUCCCAAGUCCUGGAUUGAUCUUGUUGUGGUGAUUCGGUGCCCUUCUACAUCUACAUUGUAUGAUCGGCUAGCUGCCAGAGGCUAUCCAGAACGUAAAUUGCAGGAAAACAUCGAUGCGGAAAUUUUCGAAGUCCUCCUUGAUGAAGCGAGGGAGUCAUACGACGAGGAAAUCGUUGUGGAAUUGACAAGCCAGGAAGAUGUGGAUAUCGAAAGCAAUUGCGCCCGCAUCGAGGCUUGGAUAGAAGCCUGGAAGAAGUCACAAGCUGAAACUUCAGAUUGA